AUGCGUCUCAAUUGCUUCGUUGCCGCCACCGUAGCAUUCGCCGGUCUUGCUACCUCUGCUGCCGUCCAAAAUGACGUUACCAACCUCGUCGACCGUGGCACUACCAAGCCAGCAGCAGCUCCUCUCGUCGCAGGCAAAGGUAUAUUCAAGAAUAUCAAAGCAACUCAGGCUACUUGGGAUCCUGUCAAAGCUACCUGUCCCGGCGGAAGGAAGCGUGGUCUUGAGAGUCGUGCCCUUCCGCCCGGUUUCUUCGGUGUAGAAGUAGCCAUGGGCACCCACAACAGCCACGGAGUAGUUCCGAUUGGCCUCUACACCGACGGUUUAGUUACCUGCUUUGGCAUAGUCAUCAAGGGCACGGCAACAUCAGCCAAGUCAGAUGCCAACACGCGCUGGCUCUUUCACAUGGUGGCUUCGGAAGCUGCCAGCAAUUGGGAUGAUUUCCAGAAGAAUAUUGAGGAUGCUAAGCUCGCUAACAUGAAGGGCUACAUGUCUCUCCCCGCCCCUGCCGAUAUUGGUUCGAAAGUUCAGGGACGCACUUGGAACCCGGCCGAGCAGGACUUGACCAACAAGAUGAUUACAUCGACAAAGGCGGCUCUGGAGAAACUCACAGGGCACCCUCCCGUUAUCCACAUGCGUUCAAUGCAGCCCCCAUCUUCUAUGCAGAUCAGCGGUACCGGUGAAGUUAAGGCUGGCGACACUGUUUUGGUGUAAGCAUUGGGUAACCAUAGCUACUGGUCGGAAACUCCCGAAACGAUUGGAGCGCUUCCAGAAGGCAAAUUUUCUUUUUGCAUAUAGCGGCUUGCAAUACCAGUAACGAUACAGUACAGGCGUAGUUAUUUCCCCAGUGGAAUAUCGAACUAGCUUUAAUACCUAAUCUUUUAAUAGCAUGGUGUAGUGGUAUAUAGGGAACAGCUACAAUUCGUCCUGUCUGAUACGGUAGUAUGAAGAAAUACUAACAUUAAUUCUCAACGGUUCCCUUAAAUCCACUGGUUGGUCUCCACCGUGAACAGUAAACGCACAGUCAGGUCAGA